UACAAACACAACUAUGGCUCCCUCCGACCGUCUCAACCAAGUCAACAAGCACCUCAACUACCCGGCCGGCAUGCUCGCCGGCCAGGUAGCUAUCAUCACCGGCGCAGGACAGGGCAUCGGCGCCGAAGCGGCGCGGCUGUUCGCGAACGAAGGCGCGAAAGUGGUAGUUGCAGACAUCGACGCGAAAAAGGCCAAUACGGUCGCUGACGCCAUCAACGCUGCCGGGCCCGGCCGCGCUCUGGCCGUUGUGGGCGAUGUUCUGGAUUCUAAAUAUAUCGAGGAGCUUGUUAAGAAAGCCGCCGAGUUUGGUGGUGGCAAGAUUCACAUUAUUGUUAACAAUGCCGGCUUUACUUGGGAUGGUGUUAUUCACAAGAUGACCGACAAGCAAUGGGAUACUAUGCUGGCUGUGCAUAACACCGCGCCCUUCCGGCUGGUGCGCGCUGCGGCCCCGUAUUUCCGCGUGAAGGACCAGGAGCCGCGUGUGGUGAUCAACAUCAGCAGCACGAGCGGCAUCCACGGCAAUGCAGGCCAAGCCAACUACGCCGUCGCCAAAGCCGGAGUCGUGGGCCUGACCAAGACAAUCGCUAAAGAAUGGGGCCCAUCCUUCGGCGUGCGCUCCAACACCAUUGCCUUUGGCUACGUGACCACCCGUCUGACCGCCGCUAAGGAGGCCGGUGCCUUCAUCACCACCCCCGACGGCACCAAGGUUGCCCUGGGUAUCCCCGGCAAGCAGCUGGAUACUAAGAAGGGUGUGGAGGUGGACUCCUAUCCCGACAUCCCGCUGCGUCGCCCGGCGAGUCCCGAGGAGGCGGCGAGGUCUAUUCUCGGCGUUGCGAGCCCGUAUUUCUCGUACGUUAACGGCGAGACGAUCCGGGUUACUGGAGGGCGUAAUAUGUAAAAACUUCCUCAUUCGAGGAGCUACGGAUUAGG